CCCAUUAUUUUCUUCUCAAUUUUUAAUUUCACAAGAAAGACGAAGCGUCGAUCUCGCACUCACAAUCCAAACGCUAACCGGAAUCGAAAGCGAUUCCGAGAAAAGCUCCAACGUAUUCUUCCCUUUGUCCUAUGCAGCUGUUCUUUCAAAUACUCUUCUUCCUCUCAAUUGAAAAGCGACCCGGAGGUAAAUCCCACAUCUAUAACCGAUUGCCUCCGGCGAGCUCUUGAGCUUUUCCGUGCUUCGUUUGACUCAUCAUCCAAGAUUUUUCGCCGGAAAAAGCUAUCUGAAGCACCAAAAUGGUGGACGUGUUCGGGAAAUCGGUCGAGGAUGGCUUAAAACUUUCGAAAAGGAUUUACUUUGGAAAGGAUCGUGCUGUUUCACCUCCGAAACAAGUGGCUAUGGAGAAAGCCCCGCAUUCAUAUCUUCCGACAGCUCCCAUGGUUUACGCUGAAAUUUUUGAUCCAUCAAUGGUUGAUAAUCCUGAUAUUCCGAGCUACCAGCCUCAUGUCCAUGGUCGAUGCGAUCCCCCGGCAUUGAUUCCACUUCAGAUGAAUGGAAUUGUCCUGGAGGCGGAAUGUUAUUUGGACACCAUGAUUGUUACCGUUACUGGUUCCUGGCGUGUUCAUUGUGUCAUGGGAAGCCGUAGCUGCGAUUGCCGCCUUGCCAUUCCAAUGAGCGAUCAGGCUUUCAAAAAAGAAGUGGUAUUUGUUGUCGAUAUAAGUGGGAGCAUGAAGGGAAGGCCCCUUGAGAACGUGAAGAAUGGGCUAUGUGCGGCUCUCUCCAAACUCAAUCCAGAAGACUCAUUUAACAUUAUAGCUUUCAAUGGAGAGACAUACUUAUUUUCGUCAUCGUUGGAGUUGGCAACCAAGGAAACAAUUGAAAAUGCAUCUCAAUGGAUUAGCAUAAACUUUAUUGCUGGGGGUGGUACGAACAUUUUGCUUCCGCUAAAUCAGGCGAUGGAGAUGUUAUCAAAUACCCGUGAUUCAAUUCCUCUCAUUUUCCUGAUUACUGAUGGGUCAGUUGAAGAUGAAAGACACAUUUGUGAUGUUAUGAAAAGUAAUCUCACAAAUAGAGGAUCAAUGGCUCCACGAAUUUUUAGUUUUGGCAUAGGUUCAUAUUGUAAUCAUUAUUUUCUGCAAAUGCUCGCACUUAUUAGCCGGGGUCACUAUGAUGCUGCAUAUGAUGCUGAUUCAAUUGACCUACACAUGCAAAGGCUUUUCACAGCAGCAUCAACUACCAUUGUUGCGAAUAUAACCAUUGACACUUUAGAGUGCCUUGAUGCACAUGAGGUGUACCCUUUUCAUAUUCCAGACCUUUCAUCUGGAAGCCCAUUGAUUGUGUCAGGCAGAUAUCAAGGGAAUUUUCCAGACUCUUUGAAGGCUAAAGGUAUGCUGGGAGAUAUGAACAAUUUUGUGAUAGACUUGAAGGUACAAAAAGGAAAGGACAUCCCUCUUGACAAAGUUGUUGCAAAGCGACAAAUAGAUGUGCUUACUGCUCAAGCAUGGCUGAUGGAAGAUAAAGCUAUUGAGGAGAAGGUAGCAAAAAUGAGCAUACAAACCAGUGUUCCAUCUGAAUACACACAUUGGUUCUUACUUCAGACAAAUAAAGGGAAGCAGGCAUCUGAAUCAUCAGGGAUUCAACAGGUUUCAAACAAAAUUGACCUUCAGCGCCUGGUAGACUCCAAAGGCUGCAAAGUAAUUUUGCUUCGGAGCUUGAGCAUGGGCUUUGGCGACUUGAAUGCAACAGCUGAGAACAUUCCUCCAGGGUCUGUAGAAGGUGACUUGUCUGAAACUGCAGACAUGCUAGUCAAGGCAGCUUCAAACUGUUGUGGCAAGCUGGCUAAUUGCUGUUGUUGCAUGUGCUGCAUCAAGACUUGCUCUAGGAUGAAUGACCAAUGUGCCAUUUUCCUGACACAACUCUGCACAGUCUUGUCGUGUUUUGGCUGCAUCUCCUGCUGUUCAGAUGUCUGCUGUCCGAGUGGUGAUGGAUAAUCAACAGGUUCAAAGGAAAUGAUAAUAUUGCUUCUAUAUGUUGUUUGCCAGUUAAUUCUUUAUAUGCAACAUGCAUUAUUCUUACAUUUUCUCCUUGUGUAAAUAUGCCAGAGCAUGGCUGACAUACAUAUUGAUACUCUUCUUCAGGUCUCCUUGACCGAUAGAUCACUGUAUAUGUUACAGUUAGUGACCACUUAAUGCUUAUUGGUUCAGGCUUUUGAAAUA